AUGGAGAGUAAGGACCUGCAAUGUCGCAUCUGCUGGCUGACGCCGAAGGACGAGUCCCUCAUGCCCACAGAGAUGGAUUUUCUGGAUCAAAUCAAACGCUGCACGGGGGUUGAGCUGAGUGAGAGUUUUAACUGGCCCAAUCGCAUUUGCACCAGCUGCGCCUUGCUCCUCAGGGCGGCGCUCAAGCUGCGAUCCCUUUGCCAGGAGGCGGAGAAGAAGCUACAGGAGCUGGCGGAGAAGGAGGUGCAGGCGCUGGCGGAGAAGGAGAUGCUGGAGCUGCUGGAGAACGACCUACACGAGCAGGCGGAAACAGAGCUGCGGGAGUUUCACAUACAGAUUGUUCCCGAAGACCAGGAGAGUGCCUCCAAAGAUCCGCGCAGCGACAGCGAGGUGGAAUACGAGUACCUGGAGUCCUACGAUGUGACGCUGGAAUGCAGCGAAGAUGCAGCCUGUAGUGCCGAUGAAAUGGUCAGCAUAGAGCCGGCUAACUCCGCGCCAGAGGAAUCUGCCUAUUCACUCAGUCCCAAACCGGAAGCGGGAGAAGAAGAUGACUCCGGUCCGGAUCCCUCCUUUGCCUGCACAAGAUGCCACAAAGUCUUCUCGGAGCUGGUCAAGUUGAACACCCACAUGAAAGUCCACCUUACAGAGAAGCCACACGAGUGCGAAAUUUGCCAAAAGCGAUUCCGACAGACUCCACAGCUGACGAGGCACAUGAACACGCACACCGGCAAUCGACCCUACAAAUGUGAUUACUGCGACUCACGGUUCGCAGAUCCAUCCACGCGCAUCAAGCAUCAGAGGAUCCACACAAAUGAACGACCGUACAAAUGCAAAUUCUGCAGCAAGUCCUUCGCCUACUCCAACGUCCUACGGGUUCAUCUGAAGACCCACACAGGAGAGCGUCCCUUCAGCUGCCAGUACUGCCAGAAGACCUUCUCCCAACUGCACCACAAAAACGCCCAUGAAAAAUCGCACAAGCAUACAAAAGAAGGGGAAACGUGGGAGUGACCUGUGCGAAACAUUUAGUACAAAUGAAUCAAAAUUUUCUUUGACAUCUUUGUUUUUCAGAGAUUUUAAAACUAACCACAAAUUUUAAUUAUUUGAAAAUUAGGAAAGGAAACCUCUCAUUAAAUGUGUAAGUAAAAUAAAACAUUUGCA